AUGAAUCAAGACGAGGCGAUCACUGAACGCCAACCAUCCACUGCCGACGCAAUGGCAAACCAACAUCGCAAGAGCGUCGUCAACAAAGGCCUCACCGGCGCCUCUGCCUUGACCGUUAGACAGUCCAUCUUCCCCAUUACGUUGGUCACGAUCCUGUUCUUCCUCUGGGGGUUCGCAUAUGGCCUGCUCGACGUGCUCAACGCGAAGUUCCAAACAUCUCUCAACAUCACGGCAGCCAAAGCAGGUGGCCUCCAAGGCUCCUAUUUCGGGGCCUAUUUCAUCGGACCCCUGACCUACUCCGGCUGGAUUGUGCGCAGGUUCGGCUACCGGGUCACCUUCAUGACCGGCCUCUGCAUCUACGGUGUCGGGGCGCUAAUGUUCUGGCCCUCGGCCGUCUACAAAUCCUUCCCCGGCUUCUGUGGCAGUCUUUUCAUAGUCGGGUCGGGAUUGUCUACCUUAGAAACGUCUGCCAACCCGUUCAUUGCAACUUGCGGACCUCCACGACUGUCCGAGUUCCGUCUCGAGCUCUCCCAGUCCUUCCAAGCGGUCGGGUCUGUCGUGGCCCCACUUCUGGCCUCCCGAGUCUUCUUCAAAGACACUCAUUCCACAGAUCUCUCUCACGUCCAGUGGACGUACGUGGGCAUCGCGGCCUUCGUCUUCCUUCUGGCCGUCGUCUUCUUCUUCAGUCCCAUCCCCGAGGUCACGGACGCGGAUAUGGCUCUCCAAGCUGAACAGUGUGCUGAUCUUACCGGAUACGAAGAGAAGCCUAUGAGAAAACAGUACAAGCUAAUAUUCGGCGUCGCGGCACAAUUCUGUUACGUCGGUGCCCAGGUCGCCGUCGCCUCACAAUUCAUCCGGUACACGCAGGAAUCGGCCGGCGUUUCCGAAGCCGUGGCCUCUGAUCGCUAUGCCAUCGGUCAGUCUCUGUUUGCCAUUGGCCGCUUUGCCGCUGCUGGCUUGUUCAUGUUCGUCAAGCCCCGCAUCGUGCUGUUGGUCUUCAUGACCGCCAUUAUGAUCUUCAUUGCAUGCGCCAUGGGCGUCUAUGGAGAAGGCGGCGUCGCCAUGCUGUCGCUGGUGCUCUUCUUCGAAUCGGCAAUCUUCCCUACCAUAUUCACGUUAUCUAUACGUGGAUUAGGCCGUCAUACGAAGCGAGGGUCUUCUUGGAUCGUUGCUAGUGUUUCUGGCGGCGCUUUAUUUCCUGCGAUUACGGGUCUGGCAGCUGAUCACAUGACUUACCAUAAAGCCAUGUGUGUUCCCUUGGUUGGCUUCUUCAUCAGCUUCACCUUCCCGAUCUAUUUGAAUACUGUUUGUCGGAAGGAAUUGGAUGGUUUCCGUGCCACUAAGAUCGGCUAUGUGGAUGAGCGACGUGGGACGAUUAUUGGGGAUAUUCACGACAUUGAGACAUAUGAGGCCAUGCAGAAGAGAAGCUCUGUCAAUAUUGAGAAGGUAUGA